AGAACACUCGCACGAUACUAACAUGAGGGACGUCGCUUCACAUGGUUGUGGCGAUGCUCCAGUUCUUUAGGCAACGGAGCUCUAACAGGAUGCGAUGCGAUUUGCUCGUUAGAACUUCCAUACAUCCUUUUCCGCAGAACUCUAGGGCUCGCACUCGUAGCACCUAAUUCUACUCACCCUUGUCAAUAGCUUCAAAUCCACUUGUUAUCAUGUCUCGCAUGUACAUCAAUAGGUUGUCUGACGACCUCCUCAUCAAAAUAUUGUGGCACUCAAAACAGCCCAAGCAGCCCAUAUCUUUCCAAGCCGUAAGCAAGCCGUCAUGGCUUUCCAUGUUGCCGCGGCCAAGGUACACCUCGGAGAACCCGUAUGGCGACGACGUCAACGACGACUCGUCAGAGAGUCAGAAGCUGGAGAUACUUCAGCUCGGUUCAGAGUCAGCUCCUCCCAACACUAUCCAUAGCCCUGUGUCAGCUCGUUCCAACCCUAAGAGCCAUAGUCCGUUGUCAGCUCCUCCUGCUCUCACCGACCCGGCGUACAACCUCCUGAUAGCCUCCAUCUGCUCGCGCUGGCGUCGCCUGGCUCAGCAUCAGAUCUCCAUGCUCCUCGUGAAGGAAAACCGCGUCGUUUCGCUCCAAGAUCUCAUCGCUGCCGUCAAAUGCUUCCCGAACCUCUCCCAUCUGCAUCUGAGCGACAACAGCGUGGAAACGAUCGACGACGCAUUCCUCGCCGUCCUCGCUUCGUCAUGCCCUAAACUGGUGUCUCUUCACGUGGGAAAGGGGGUCACAUCGAAUCAGGAUUUCGAGAGGGAGGAGGAGCAUCCGGUGACCGAAGCCGGUCUGGACAAUUUCUUCCGUCACUGCACGCAGCUGCAGCACCUGUCCCUUUACUGCCUGCAUCGCUACGGCAAGCUGCCUGCUUCCCUUUCUCAGCUCACCCAUCUUCGAACUCUGGCUCUCACCGACGUUUCAGCUCUAGUCGCUUCGGGAUUCACGAGCCUCACUUCGCUCGCUGCCCUCUGCGUUGACAUCUCGGAUCAGGAUGAGCUGGAUCUCGCGAACCUCGCGCACCUCCCGGCCUUCGCCAGCCUCUCCUUGUGCGAAGCCUCCUGGCUCAUUCUAGAAGGCGUCGACUCCCACCCCUUCGCAUUCGGCCAGCUGGCUUCGCUCGAAUCGUUGGAGUUCGACAGGUACACGCCACGAUUCGAUCUACUGUUUCCGUCAGGAUCCCCGUGCAGCCGUCUCGAGCGGCUGGUUCUCAAAGGCUGCGACGGACUCGUGCUUCCCGAGGACAUCGGAGAGCGCCUGCCUUGCCUUCGUGAUUUGAGCAUCUGCGGAUGUGAAAAUUUCUCCGAGCUGCCUGAGCAGUUCAGUUCCCUAAUCUGUCUACAGAAGCUGUCGAUUUUCUUAAGCGACAUGGUCAGCCUGCCUGAAACUUUUGGAAAGCUGCCCGCGUUGACAGCAUUGACGCUGCACCACCUGCAAAUUUCGCAUCUUCCAGAUUCCUUCUACCAGCUGACGUCCCUGGAAACUCUGAAACUGUCCCACUGCAACGCAAUCUUCGAAUUUCCUCCAAGAUUCGGCCAACUCUCAGCACUCAGGUUCCUCCUCAUCAUGAACUCGCCAUACCUGGCACUGCCAGACGACAUUGGAGGGCUGACCAACCUCCACACUUUCAAACUUCAUGAGAAUUUUCCGCAGCAGCUGCUUCCAUCCUCUUUCACCAGUUUGUCCUCCCUGACAAAACUUGAGCUCGUCCACUGCAUGGUAGCUGAGCUUCCAGAGGACAUUCGGAAGCUGAGUAGCCUGCAGGAGUUGAGUAUCGAAUCCUGCUCCAAGAUCCAGAAGCUUCCUGAGACUGUCGCUGACCUUCCAAGCCUUGAGAUUCUGAGAGUUUCGGAGUGCAGCAGCCUCUCUUUAUUUCCCAGCUUGAGCAGCCUUGCAGGGUUGAGAGAGUUGGCACUUGGCAAGUUCCUGCAGCUACCAGACGUUUCAAAUUCGCUGCCACACUCCCUCGAGGUGCUGAGCGUGGGGGGCUUUCAACGCCUCACCCCUCUCUUAGAAAUUCCUGCUCUGCCUAGGCUCAGGAGAUUGAGCCUCACGAGUGUUGGUCUCAUCCGUGGGGUGGUUGCUGGCAUGACUCUGUCGUCCCUGGAGCACUUGGAGCUGUUGCUGGCAGGUGAAGCAGAGGAGCUUCCAUUCCCCCUGAAAUUCCUUCCUAACCUCCGCACCUUGACAAUCCAAAAUGCUGGACGCAUGAAUAAGCUUCCAGCUGACAUUGGCUCGGCCUUGCAGCGGCUGAGGCAGCUCCAGAUACAGCAGGCUUUAGAACUGACAGAGUUACCUGAGACUGUUAGUGGGUUACAGUGCCUGACAUCCAUGGAAAUCCAUGCACCCAAACUCGCCACACUUCCAGACAGCCUCGGUGGCUUAUCCAGAUUGCGCAAGCUGAACCUGUCUGAUUGUGCAUCUCUCACGCAGCUCCCUGCUUCUCUCACCCAGCUCUCCUGCCUCCAUGAGCUGAACCUUCGCAACACACCCAUGCGCUCCCUGCCUUGCAACUUUGCUCAGCUGAGCCGACUCAAGGACCUUGACUUGCAUGGCUGCAAGCAGCUGCAAGGACUGCCUGAGGGUUUUUCCCAGCUCAAGAUGCUUCAUCAGUUUACUGUUACGGGGUGUGGUGAACUGCCAGCUGAUGGUAUUGAAGAUAUGUAUGGGCUGCAUAUUGUGAACUACUUGGAUGCCUCGGAGACACUAGUAUAAAUAAAGUCCCUUACAACCAUUCUUGUUGGGUUUUCCUGCUGGCAACAUGUGGAUAGCCUGGCAGAUGCUCUCGAGUCUCUGCCAAAGAUAUGGCGGGCUCUGCAGGGGUUCGGGCAUGGUGUGGCUCUCUGACUUCCAUCACGUGUUUCGGGUUGGACAUUCGGAUGAGGCAGUUGCAGCAGUAGCAAACGACAAGGGCUUGAAGGUCUUGGUUGUGGAGGACAACAUUGAACCAACGGGUGGCAAUGACACUUCUGCGCAAGUGGGGGCACAAGGCUGUUCUGGCCAAAGAUGGCGAAGAAGCUGUGAAGAAGGUUCAGGAUGAGGACUUUGAUGUUUGACUGAUGGAUAAUGGCGGCCUCGAUGCGCUGACGUGGCUGCCUUGUCGUGCUGCCGUGGCGGCCUCGUCGAGUUGCCGCAGCUGUCGCAAGGACUAGGUAGCUAGGAACGGUAGGAAGCCAUGAAAUGGCGAGAGGUUUUAGGCUAGGAAAGUUGAUGAGAGAAAAGGGCUCGAGAAUAGAAGAGAGAGGGAUACAAGGAGGGGGGUUGUACCCUCUACAGUAGGUUUCAGUA